AUGGAAAAAAAAGUAAAGUCACUGUUAUUUAUUAAAAUUCCUAAGUUUACCCUUUUAAGUUGGAUAUGUUAUAUUUACAUCUAUAUGUGUACAUUUAAUAAAUAUUUUUAUGAAAGUUACAAUUAUAGUAUAGAAAUACAUGGAAAAGCAUAUCGUAUACUGUCAAAAUAUAAACGGGAUAAAUAUUCAAAUGCCUUAGGUUUAAAAGAGGAAAUGACAAAUAAUGGAAUGACGAAAAUAAAAGAUAUAUCUAAUCAUAUGGAAGGGUACACUGGAAAAAGAAAACAUGCAAAUGGAACACCAUUAGAUUUUACAGGAAACUGUAAAUCAUAUAUGAAAAAAAACAAGUGUAUGUUUGAAACAAAAAAAUAUUCCCACUUUGAAAAAAAAAUAUUCAAAGAAAUGGAUUUUAUGGAUUUUCUUAAAAACAACAAGACAAUUAGUAAUAAGUCUUACAGAAAAAUAAUACGUAAAAAAUGCGUAAUACUAUUUCUUUUACCUUUAUUAAUGUUCUUUUUGUUAUCAGUAUUGCCAAUAGUAGAUUUAUCGUGGGGUUUGAUAGAUGGAAAAAUGGGUUGUGGGGUGCAAUAG